AUGACGAACUCUUGUGGCUGCCUUUGUGGCUGCUCGAGUCAUGACUCUGACCUUGGUGGUGUGGAUGGCCAAACUGCGUCGCCAUCUAUGCGCAUCGACGUCCACACCCACAUCAUGCCACCUGAACUGCCAAGCUUCCCACCUUUGGAUGAGGAUGUUUCGAGCGAUAGGAGCCACGAAUGGAUCACGCUGAGACCACACAAUGACCAAAAACCUCGGACGAACGGCAUCAGUAACCCCAAAACACCUAAGAAAGUCGACAUGUACGUAGGUGAUCGGUUCUUCAGAACAGUGGAAGCCAAUUGCUACGACCCUGAGUUACGCAUUAAAGAAAUGGACGCGACUGGAAUCGAUGUGCAAGUCCUGAGCACGGUCCCAAUUCUGUUUUCUUAUGACAAGCCAGCGAAACAGGCCGCCUCCAUGGCCAGAUAUCUGAACGAUCAUAUCGCUUCCGUAUGUCAGGAAUAUCCUCAGCGGUUUAUGGGACUGGCAACAGUUCCUUUGCAAGAUGUCGACGCCUCAAUCGCGGAACUGCACCGUGCAAAAAAGGACCUGUGUUUAAAUGGCGUGGAGAUCGGGGCUGAAAUCAACGGGCGGAGCCUGGACAGCGCGGAGUUCGAACCAUUCUGGACGGCAUGCGAGGAGCUAGAUUUUCCCAUUUUUGUGCACCCCUUAGGGUACGAGUGGGAAAAGGAGAAGACGAGCCGGUGGAAGCCGUAUUGGUCUGCAUGGUUGAUAGGCAUGCCAAGUGAGACGGCUCUCGCAAUUCAUGCAAUUCUCUCUUCCGGCGUGUUAGUCACCCAUCCAAGGCUACGUUUCUGCUUUGCGCACGCCGGCGGAAGCUACCUACCACUGCUGGGCCGCAUUCAACACGGCUACAACUGCCGGCCGGACCUUGUGGCACAUAGCGCGCAGGGCGUCUCACCAGCAGACUUCUUUAAGCAGCACCAGUCUAACAUCUGGCUGGAUAGCCUGAUGCAUGACGCCGACCUGGUGGAGUAUAUCUGCAGGAAAAUCGGCGUAGGAAGGAUUGUCUUGGGCAGUGACUAUCCGUUUCCGCUGGGGGAGAUGCCGCAGCCUGGGGAGCUACUAUCCACAGAUUCGCAGAUUCAGAAAUUUUUGUGCGCGACGAGUAGAGAGCGCAUUAUGUCGAAAAAUGUACUAGAUUUCUUGGGCAUAGAUAAGAUACCUGCCUAG